ACUCGUGCUUUUACCACUUGCAGCUAACACCAUAACACAUGUGAAGCUGUUUUAGACUCUUCCAACAAGAUAUUUUAAUAUUUUUGUACACACAUUAUUUUAUAAAUCCCAAGGUGCAGCACACGCCACCCGCCACCUGGACUCGCCGUGGUCAGCCGUAAACGGUGGUUAGUGUACCGAUUUCCGAUACUAUCACAAGAAAUGGAACAAUCAGCGGAAGCGAAGAAGAAAAACUCGUCUGUACUGAUAGUAGGAGUAACCGGUAGAUUAGGUUUUGAACUUGCAAACGCUAGCCUCGAAGCAUCUCAUCCUACAUAUUGCCUCGUCAGACCCACCAGCUUCUCCGACCCCGAAAAGUCCCGCAAGCUUCAAAUUCUCACCGAUUCCGGCGCCAUUAUCAUCGAGGGUUCAUUGCAAGAUGAAGGAAGCCUUAUCGAAGCGAUUAAGCAAGUGAAAGUUGUGAUAUGCGCAGUUAACUCGAAACAGGUCCUUGAUCAGAAGCCUCUCAUUUCCGCCAUUAAGAACGCUAGAUGCAUUGAGAGAUUUAUCCCUUCAGAAUUCGGAUUAGAUCCAGAUAAAACUCAUAUAUCCGACAUGGAUCAAGGCUUUUAUUCAAGAAAAGCAGAAAUUCGACGACUUGUAGAAGCUCAAGGCAUUCCAUACACCUUCAUAUCUUGUAACUUUUUCAUGAGUUACUUGCUUCCUUCUUUAGUUCAACCAGGCUUGAAAACUCCUCCUAGAGAUAAAAUCACCAUAUUUGGAAAUGGAAAUGUCAAAGGUGUGUUUAUGAAAGAAACAGAUGUUGCUAAAUUCACAAUUAGUACAAUGGACGAUCCACGUACUCUAAAUAAGGUGUUAUAUUUGAGACCACAAGGGAAUAUGUACUCCAUGAAUGAACUUGCUGAGUUUUGGGAAGGGAAGAUUGGGAAGAAGCUUGAAAAGAUUUAUGUAAAGGAAGAAGAUCUUUUAAAAAAGAUUAAAGAAACUCCAUAUCCGGAUAACAUGGAAAUGGUAUUUAUUUACGCGGCAUUUGUGAAGGGGUUUCAGACAUGUUUUCAAGUGGAGGAAUGUGGAGGUGUGGAAGGGUCGGUGUUGUAUCCUAAUUUGAAGUACACUACCAUAAGUGAGUAUUUAGAUAGCCUAUUAUGAUUUUGGGGGAUUUAUUUAUUUAUUUAUUGGUAGAAAAGAAGUAUGUGAUAAUUAUUAACCAUAUCUUGUGUCUUUUUAUGUUUUUAUUUUUAUUGACUAUAAGUUAGCAGUCUUUGAAGUUUGAAGCCCA